AUGCAGAACCAUCUCUAUUUCGUCAGAGAUUCCCCGCAAACCGCUUCCACCGGGUCGCCGCUGAGUGCCCACGAGCCAACGUAUCAAUCCUCAUCGACGACUCUGUUCUCCCGCCAAUCUCAUUCUCGGCCUACAUUAUCACCUUCGGAGCCACGGACCAUGUCUGCCUACUACUCUCCUCACGAAAUGGAGUCGAUGUCUCCCCACGAAGGACCCUCCUACCUGGGGGACAAUCUAAGACCCGGUGGCGGAGGAAGUGGCAGCCCAUCUCCAGCUCAACUUUCGGCCAUGAUGAUGCACAAUCCGAAAAGGGCAUACAGACAACGAAGAAAGGACCCGAGUUGCGAUGCGUGUCGGGAACGCAAAGUGAAGUGUGACGCGACCGAGACCUCGAGUUGUACCGAGUGUUCAAGCCGCAAUGUUCGUUGUCAGUUUACCAAAGACACCAACCGCCGAAUGUCGUCAAUCAAACAAGUGCAGGAUCUAGAGAGACAAUUGUCAGAAGCUCGUCAGCAGCUCGAACGGUUUCGGGCCGUAGAACGGAUCAACGAUAUUUUCACCGACCUUCACCCUGACACUUCCUCCUCGAUCUUCAGCGAGUUCCCCACGGUCGGAAAAUCACCUCGAAGAAUGUUGAAAGCAAGAUCUCCUCAAGACCUCACCAAUGCGAGGGUGCAUUUGAACGACGUGGGACGUGGGUUGUUGAAACCUCCAGUCACCGGCGGCCAACAGAGACCACACUCGGCACGCUCCACGGUUUCGGAUCUGCCAGGAAUGCCGUCGCGCCAGGCUGCGGAACGCUUGCUGAAUUACUACCAUGAAAGUAUCCAUCGCAAUUUCCCCGUCUUGUACUGGCCCAGAUUUCAGCGGACUUUUGCCAUGGCAAUGGACAGAAGCGGCGCGCACUCGGUGCCCAUGGAUUGGAUAGCGAUGCUGUAUGGUGUGCUUGCUUGUGGUGCGCUGGCCACGCACGACCCGAGCCGGCUUCCGGAAGCGCAGGACUACCUGACGAGGUCUAUAUCGACCAUCAACUUCUGGGAAAAUGACGUGUCGACGAAUCAGGCCAUUGUCGCGUUCCUGGCCAGCAUUGCGCUUCUCGAGAUGAAUAGGAAGUCUGCAAGCUGGAUUUGGUUGGGCUCUGCCAUCCGCAUUGUCCAGGACCUAGGCCUCCACGUUCAGGGAGGCCAGUGGUCCCCGGUUGAAGGAGAAAUGCGCAAGCGCAUCUGGUAUUCGCUCUACGUCUGGGAUCGUCUUUUGGCUCUGGAAUUGGGGAAGCCUAUGCUCAUCAAUGAUGACGAGUGUGACACUGAAUAUCCCCAAGUCCUGGACGAAGAGCGGCUUGUCACAGAUGACCCUGCGACGCCUCUUCCCGCAACCUUAUUGCUAGCCAACGUCCACGUCGCGCGGCUCAUGGCGCCGCUUUCCAAGAGCUUCCGCUCACUGUGCAUCACGGCCGAGGCUCUGACCAAAUUUGAGAGUCAUUUGGGCGAAUGUCUCCAACUGUUUCCACGGGCUCUACAACUGACGACCGCGGCCUGUCUGGACCCGUGUAUCAUGCAGCCACUCUUCUAUUUUCAAAAUGCCCGGAUUCUGCUGCACCGCCACAACAUUUCUCCAUCCUGCUCAGGCGAGCAGAGGUAUCAAGCGAUCGAGCAGUGUAUUCAUGCAUCGCAAGACACGGCCACGCUGCUCUCCCGUUGUAUGAUUCCCAACAUACAAUCCCAUGACUGGGAGCAGAGGUUCAUUCUCUCGGCGACCACUUUGGUUUGUACACAUUUGUGGCGGUGCAUGCUCUUUCUGUUGUUCCGAGAACUCUACGAUGCUUUUUUCCUUGUGUUGAGGGCGGCCUCUACCAUCAACGAUGCCCUAGUGAUCAAUAUCAGUUGUGGAAGGUACCUCUCCUUCUUCCUGCAGCGCCUUAUAGAGCACUACGAGCACCCAAAUGCCGUCGAGAUCGAACAGGACGAGGAAAUACUGGUCUAUUUGUCUGCAGACCUACAGGCGAGCACAAAUAGCUGGGUAUGGGGUCACGCUGAGACUGGCACUCACCUGAGCCGGCGACAAAAACAUGGCAGGCCCAAGCAUGUGCCUCAUGCAAAUGACACUCAGGGCCCCGGCACCGAGAAUCCACCGGCCUGGGAUAAUGUGCUGUCGGAAGAAGAACGGCACGAUUGGGGAGGAUGGCAGCAUCUCGAGCAUUCUGCGAGGUACUUGCAGCGUCUGCGUGAGACCCAACACCAACACCAACAACAACACCAACAUCAACACUACGCAUCCCACGAGCCGAGUCAGCCUGGAUUUCCUCGACCACCAUUGCCGACUGGGACUGGCUUCACGCCUGGACCAACCCUUCCGCCAAUCUGUACCCAGAGUCCACCACCAGACUCGAAUCGGGCACGCAUGACGAUCGCCAACAUCAUCUAG